AUGAUAGGCGAGCUGGAAGACGGAGUGCCGACAUACUUCGGCUCCUUUCGGCGGUGCAAUUAUCCGCGCUUGACGUCACCUGGCGAGACUCAAGUCGUCUUCGAAUGUGGAAGAUAUGCCAGCUUCAAUGCGAUCCCGAGUCUGUGGUGGAGGAUCACGACGGUGAGCGUGGGGGUGGGUGCGGGGCUGAGCCUCCUCAUCGGAGUGACGGCUACCUCUGCCUGCUGCCUCUCCAAUGUUGUCCACAAGACCUCCGCACGAGUCAUGGGAUCCAUUCAGGCACUCGCCGUACUUGCUCUAACUCUAUUCUGCAAGUUCCCUGAACCAGUGGUCGGCUCCCUUUGGUUGACUAAGUGUUCCACGAAAAAGGUUGUGGAAGAGGAGUCUGGUUCAUUGUGGGUGCUUGGCUCACAUGUUGUGCCUCUCAAUGAACUGCAACGAUCAGGUUUCUCUGCGCAAUCUGAGAAUGUUUCGGGUCGGCAAUUGGUGAUUCUUGUAAUAGGAUAUGCUUCGCAGCAGUAUUAUGAUGAGACUGGUGAAAUCAAUACUGUAUCCCGAGUGCAGCGACCAAUCAUGCCGUAUGAGGCAAAGCAAAAAUACAAAAGGAGAACAAACAAGUUGGGCGAUGUAUCCGCUCUUUCUAUACUCUCUCUCUCCAUUCCUGAAGAGUUCCUCAUAAUCGACUUGCCUGGAGAGGAAGAGAACUAA